AUGACUGUAGAAAAUGUCAUUGAUGAGUUAGUGAAGAAUGGCAAGGAGAUAGAGGCUGUAUAUUUUGCUUCUGAGUCUGAUUUGACUGAGAGAUUUCCUCCUGUUUCUCUGCUCAAGUCGUAUCUCAAGAACUCCAGAAAGAAUGCUGCGACCAUAUUGAAGAAUGGCAAUAAUAGUGUGGCUGCUACUCUAUGUGAGGAGUCGAGCACAUUUGAGUUGAAUUCCAUCAAAGCAAUCAUCAAAUGUGUAGAAGACCACAAGCUUGAAUCAGAGUUUUCUCUUGAGAACUUAAGAAAGCGGGCCGCUCAUCUGGAGAAAGCCAGGACAGAACGGAAAAAGAGAUCAGCAUCUUCCAGCAAGCCUCAUAAUAAUAAGCGAGCCUACGGUGGCAGCGUCAGUGGCGGGAGUGGUGGCCGAGGGGUUGGACAGUCUUCUUCCCGCCCUGCCAAAGCCUCCAAGUUUUCCAAUGCAUACCCCUCCUUCACCCGCAGGAACCCAAAUCCUCUUCCACAGCAUAGCCCUGCAACAAGAUACUCUGGUCCUUAUAAUUACCCGAGCCACGAUGGUCCAACAGUAGCAUCAUAUGGAUCCACAUACGGAGCUCCCCCUGCUCAAAGCCCCGCUGCUCUGCCGUCGCAACACUACUCCCUCUCUGGGGACAGCAUGGGUGCUGCCGGUUUCCGAAGUAGUGGUGCUUAUGGUGGCCAGACCAACUACGGGUACGCAAGUGCUGCUCCACCAGCGUACCAGCCUCCUUCGUAUCCGCAAUAG